UUGGCAAGUCACAAAGUCACUAAUAAACAUGACCAUUUACUUUUCGCCAAUUUUCUCUUUCCUUAUUGAGAUAAACAGAUAAUUGCCUCAACUCUGCCUUUAUUUAGCGGUCGAAAAAGAGAGUGCAAAAACUGAGACUGGCGGAGACAACGACGACGACUCACUCCUCUCCUCUCAUGGCUUCUCCAUUGAAGAAACUCAUCUCAAGCUUUCUACUCAUCUUUUCCUUUUCCAUCUUCGUUGUUGCCUCAUCAGAAUCUCGGUGUCGGCAUUAUACAUCGAUCAUCAGCUUCGGUGAUUCCAUCGCCGACACCGGAAAUUAUCUCCGUCUCUCCGACGUCAAUCAUCCUCCUCAGGCCGCCUUUCUUCCUUACGGCGAAACCUUCUUCCAAACUCCCUCCGGCCGUUACUCGGACGGCCGUCUCAUCAUAGAUUUCAUCGCCGAAUUCUUGGGACUUCCGUACGUACCGCCGUACUUUGGAUCCCAAAAUGUUAGCUUCGAGCAAGGGAUCAAUUUCGCGGUCUAUGGAGCAACAGCUUUGGAUCGUUCAUUUCUUGUUGAAAAAGGAAUCGAGUCUGAUUUCACAAAUGUUAGUUUAAGUGUUCAGCUCAACAUCUUCAAGCAGAUUUUACCUAACCUUUGCGCCUCGUCUUCUCGUGAUUGCAGAGAGAUGCUUGGAGACUCGCUGAUACUCAUGGGAGAGAUUGGAGGGAACGACGUCAAUUACCCGUUCUUCGAAAGAAAAAGUAUUAACGAAAUCAAAGAGCUUGUUCCUCUAGUCAUCAAAGCUAUUUCUUCUGCGAUUGUGGAAUUGAUCGAUUUGGGAGGCAAAACAUUUUUGGUACCCGGAAACUUCCCCAUAGGAUGCUCUGCGUCAUAUCUUACUCUGUUUCAGGAUGCGAAAGAAGAAGAUUACGAUCCAUUCACAGGUUGUCUCCCCUGGCUCAACCAAUUUGCGGAGCACCAAGAUGAACAGCUCAAGACAGAACUCAAACGACUCCAAAAACUAUACCCUCAUGUCAACAUCGUUUACGCCGACUACUACAACUCCUUAUACCGGUUCUUCAAAGAACCAGCUAAAUACGGGUUUAAGAAUAGACCUUUGGGUGCUUGUUGUGGAGUUGGAGGUAAAUACAACUUCACUUUUGAUGUGGAGUGUGGAGACAGAGGAGUUGGUUCUUGUCAAAAUCCAUCUGAGUAUGUGAACUGGGACGGUUAUCAUUUAACCGAAGCCACGUACCGGAAGGUGGCUGAGGGUUUACUAAACGGUCCCUAUGCUACUCCUGCUUUCGACUGGUCCUGCCCUGGCUCUGCGUCAGUGGAUAAAGACUACUCUUUCAGCAGUUAAAAUUCAUUUGUUGUGAAAGAUGUAGUGAUGAUGUUGAUUUACAAAUUACAAGAACGGGACGGCAAGGUUUUGCCACAAUAUAAUAUUGUUGACUGUUAGACAAAACUCCGAGGAGGUGAUAAAAGUUUUAACCAUAUAGUUGGUAUAUUUGAUGGUACAUGCAGACAAAAUAUAUAACCUCC